UUGUAAGAAGUGGCCGGACCAAAUGCAAUCAAUCGACUUCACUAGUUUUAAACGAAACUUUGAUAAGAUGGUGUAUUGGCACGGAAGCCUUGCCAAGGUUCGACUCUUCAGGGGUCAACUGGAAGAUGCAGUCAAUCGAUAUCUGGACCGGGAUUAUUUCUGUUGCUUGGAAUUGGUCACCAUUGGUGGAGGAAUCCAGUACAGCAACUGGGAACCGUGGAAACGAUGCUGCAUGACGUUGUACCGUCUGCUGGGUGUUUACCAAUUCUGUGUGGCCAUGUGCAAGUUUAUUUUCGAUGUGAAUCAUCAGGAAGAUAGAAUAACACUCUACGCCACGGUCCUGGUGUUCGUAGGUUUCUUGAUAUGCUUCCUUAGGAUAUUCAUAGUACAGAACUACGAUGAAGCGAUUCAACAAUGCAGAACAUUCGUUGGGAGACGUCGCUGCAGUUCCGGGGAUCCAGAUUACGAUACAUCAAUACGGAAACAGACAUCUCGUGCCACAGGUCACGGAGUCCUGGCAAUGAUUUUGUUCUUCCUUGGUAACCAAUUUCUCAUCUGGAUACCGUGCGCUGCCAGAGACCGCGUUUUCGGAAUACCCCACCAAUUUCAGAGUUUGGGACCUACUCUAACUGUUUCCAUGCAGCAACUGUUCACUGCAACAUUGGCUUUCUUUUGGGACUGCAGAUUGUUCUACUCCACUAUCAUGAUGUCCGUAAUACUAAUGGCAUUGCGAGCUGAAUUGUUGAUCAUUUCCCAUGGGUUCAGAACAAUCUUAAGUAGAGCGAGACAAAUGCAAAAGGAACACGAUCAAGGACCAUUGCCGGAUGUCGUCCAGCUUAAAUACUUGCAGAAAACAUUGAAAUCGGUCUUGGAACAACACACUGAAUUUCUAAGAAUCAUAGAUGUGUUGCAACCGUUCAUCAACUAUGCAUUUGCUGUGACCUAUUACUGCACAAUGGUCCUCGUUGCUGUCUUGGUAUAUGUGCUCAUCCGAGAUGGGUCUAUAACAAAUGCUCUCCUGUCUGCGUCAACUGCGAUGUCCUACGUUCUGGAAUGCUACUGGUGGUGCUAUUUAAUUGAUUCACUACAAGUUCAAGCAGUCGGCAUUGCCAAUUUGGUAAAUGGUGUGAUAUUUGAGCUGUCACGCCUAGCCGAGAAUCACUCUGAGUAUGUGCAAAUGCGUACUUCUCUCAUGAUCAUCCAAAUCUACGCGUCUACGAAUAGCCAGUGGUUCAGUUGUGCGGGAGUUUUUCCUGUGUCUAUCGAGGCGUUCAAGAAUUUGUGCAAUAUCAUUUACUCAUUGAUUACGUUUCUACUCAAUAUGCCCUGGAUUAGCGGUCGAAGCAACAUCAGCAAGGACCUGAAGCAGGACCUUCUGAAGUUGCGCAACACAACACAAACGGACAGCUUCCUCUUUGCGGGUAACGCGACUAUGCAGCAUGAGACCAUGCAGCUCGCCGGGGCCGUAGCGGAACGCUCAAGCCGCCCUACGACCCAAGCUGCACGGACGAAGCCUGCCAAAAGGUCGCGGCCCAAGAAGCGCCCGGCAGAAAUGGGUGCGAAAUCAAAGCGAGAGGAAAAGGGUGCAGCCAGCGCGAGCAACCAGGCUGCCAAAACGGUUGCGAAACGCGCAAGGGGCACGGAAACCAAGCCCCAGCAAGCCAAUCCCAAGAAGAGAGGCAGCCAACCAGACCAAGGGAAGGAUAACCCUUGGAUUACGGUUGAAAAGAGAAAGAAGUUGAGAAAAAGGAAACCAGUCCGCAAGCGCGGAAGGAGCGACGCGCUGGUCAUCAAAGCCGAGGCGGACACAUACGCCGAGGCAGCCAACACGACACCCUGGGGUGAUGCCUACAGGGUACUCACGGCCAAAACGAAAGGACCGUCUGUGCCCCCGAAACGCUCACCCGUGAUGCUCCAGAGGAUCGUAGAAACGCUCAUGUCCCACGUCCCACGCCACGAUAUAAGACCAUGGGCUGCCAUCCCCCUGGCCGAAUAG